AUGGCUACUGUUAAAGUUGGUUCAAAUUUAAGUCUUCAAAUUGGCAAAGAUUGUCAUCAACACGGAGUUGUAACUGAGGAAAUUGAUGGGCUAAUCAAAGUGUAUAAAGAUGGGCAUGUGGAAAGACCACAGAUUGUUCCAUGUGUCACAAGCGCUUUAGCUCCCGAGCUCGGUGUGACUUCAUGGGACAUAGUCGUCGACAAGUUCACAAACAUUUGGGCACGUUUCUAUGUACCAAAUAAAUGCCAUGGUAAGCUGCCUUUACUUGUAUAUUUCCAUGGAGGUGGGUUUUGUGUAGGCUCAGCUGCUUGGAGUUGCUACCAUGACUUCCUAGCAAGGCUAGCUGCUAAGGCCAGCUGCAUAAUCAUGUCAGUUAAUUAUCGUUUAGCCCCUGAGAAUCCUCUCCCCGCAGCCUAUGAUGAUGGAAUUAAGGCUUUAAUGUGGUUAAAACAACAAGCUCUUAGUGUUGGUGCUGAUAAUCGGUGGACUACUCAGUGCAAUUUCUCUAACAUGUUUCUAGCUGGAGAUAGUGCUGGUGCCAACAUAGCCUUUAACAUCAUCGCAAGACUUGAUUCCUUUAAUGCAGGACAAGCCGCUGCAGCCAUGAAGCCAUUAACUCUCAAAGGCAUUAUCUUGAUACAACCAUUUUUUGGAGGAGAGACACGUACUAAUUCAGAAAAAUAUUUAGUGCAAUCACCUCGCUCUACGCUUAGCUUGGCAGCCUCUGAUACAUAUUGGCGAUUAGCUUUGCCUAGCGGCACUAACCGGGACCAUCCAUGGUGCAACCCUCUAGCAAAAGGGUCGGUGAACUUGGAGGAUUUGAUGACAUUUCCAAUUAUGGUGUGCAUUUCAGAGAUGGAUAUUUUGAAAAACAGAAACUUGGAGUUUGUUGAUUCAUUGGGUAGAGCUGACAAGAGAGUGGAGCAUUUUGUUCAUAAAGGCGUAGGGCAUGGAUUUCAGAUUCUAAGCAAAUCUCAGCUCUCUCAAACUCGAGCAUUGGAAAUGAUGUCACAAAUCAAGCGCUUCAUUAGUGGAAUAUGA